AUGUUCGUCCGUGUGUCAGGAUGGUUUGGCUUAAUCUCUGUCAUAACUAUUGCCUUAUUCGGUUUCAGAUUUUAUCUAACUUUAUUAACAUUUUUCGUUUCUUUUAUAGUGGGGGUCUUGACUAUCUUAUAUUUGAACUACGAUAGCAAGAAAAUAUUCUCAGUAGAUAUUGAUUAUCUGGAUGAUCCCCUACAACAAUCAAAUUUCUCUAUUCAAUCAGCUAAAGUUUUAGAAUUAUUUAAAACUAAAAAAUCACUGCCUAAAUUUGACAGCAGAAUAACUGGUAGUGAGACGGUUGAUUCAUUUCUAAAUGAAAUUGUUUCAAUAAUCAUCAAUGACUAUGUUACCACUUGGUAUGAACUUAUAACCGAUGAUCAAGAGCUUACUACAUAUGCAAUAAAGAAAUUAGUUGUUGCAGCAGGAGCAAAUGUAUCAAACAGGGUAAAAACUGUAGACUGGAUACAUCUGCUAGCAACAAGGUUCCCUGAAGAAUUAACAUUGCACUUAAAGCUAUUUAAACAAUCAAGGGUAAGGUUAAAACGGAUGCAGUUACUGAGUGCCAAAGAAAUGAAUGGCAAUUCAAAGCCAGUUCCCAAGAAACCAGAGGAAAAACGAACUCAUAGGAGAAAUAAGAGCGAAACCGAUUUACUUUGGCCUCCAGAUUCCCAAUCUUUUGGUAAAUCGAAGUUUUAUAGCAGUUCCGAAAAUAUAAGCAGUAACAAUAUAAAGGACCUGUUCUUUGAUUUGGAGUGUUCUAUAGAGAAUAAAGAGUUAUGUAGGGAUAUAUUUUGCACUGAUCCAGAGAAAGAAGCCGCCCUGCUUUCUGAGGUGUCAGAGGCCCUGUUAUAUCUGUUAGUGCCAGAAGAAGCGUGGAAUUGUCAUGUAAUGAAGUUAAUACUUAUCGAUCUACUAUCGUCGAUAGUUCUCAGGCCAUUAAUAAAAAUGUUGAGCGACCCUGACAAUAUAAAUAGAGCUAUAAUAAGAUCGUGUUGUCGUGAUUCCUGUCUGUCAUCUGACUUAUUCCUGAUGGUUAUAAGAACUUGUGGCGAUGCCGAGGAAUUAGACGCGACGUUGGAGCUUGUACAGAAGGACAUACAGAAACUACAUUCAAAAGACAGCGCUGGUGAAUGGGAACUACAAGAUCGACAAAAACUGUCUUCUUUACAAUAUCUAUCAAGGAUCAUACAGGCCAGUCGAGCGACGCUGGGACCACAAGAAGGUUUAUCCACAACAGAUAAUACGGAGAGGGAGUCUGAGGAAGUGAUGAAAACUUUAAAGUUUCUUAGAGCGGUGGCCGCUUGGAAGUCUAACGCACAAUAUCUAUUAGAAAUUGAAUUAAAUGAAGCAGAUUCCCACACAUCAAAAGCUGUGAUGGACAACCUUCGUUCAUCAGCUCUGGAGGUGUGUGACUUGUACCUGAGGGGUGCGGGGGUGUUGGGGGUGCCUGACAACACACAUGCUGACCUAGUGAGGAGAAUCACUACAGACGGUGGGGAGUUCACCAGCAAUCCUAUACAGAUCUUUGAUGAUGUACAGAAAUGUGUUUGUGACGCGCUUGAGGAGGAUCCUUCGUGGCAAGCCGACUUUAUGUUUGACGGCGAUCAGGAUGGUAUGGAAAAUAGUGAAUUCAAAAAAGAUAUGAAAUCGGAAUCCCACAAAUAUACUGAAAAAUGUAAGAAGAUUGUAAGGAGCUGUUUAAACCAGUUGCCGAAAAUAUUUUAUAAAAAUAAAUAUAGAAACAGUUUUCCUACCAAAUCAUCAACAUUCCCUCGGUCAUUUGCAAGGAGAGUCCCGUGUAACAAGAAUCAUACGAUACCUAAAUGUGCUUCUCGUGAUAUUAUAGGCGACGUUGUGUUACCCGUUCCUGGCGCGAGACAUAACAGAAGUCGUUCAGAUAUUGUUGGCAGUUUCGCUCAGAAAAUGAUGAAUGACAAUGCAGGUCCGUCUAAUUUAAAAUCUGCGAACACGAGCACUUUGUCGUUGUCACAUUCAUCUAUAAGUCAAAGCGCUAAAAAUAUGAUGUCGCCGUUAACUGCGUAUAUUAUAGAAACAGCAUUGGUUCAAGACAAAGGUAAAACGUUCGGUAUAUAUGCUAUAGCUGUUACGAGAGAAUCUGAUAACGAGGUCUGGCACAUAUAUAGACGAUAUAGUGAUUUCUAUGAUCUACACGCAUCUAUUAAAGAAAAGUGGCCAGAGCUAGGUCACCUUCCGUUUCCGGCCAAGAAGACAUUUCAGAAUACAUCUAGAUCAGUUUUGGAGAGUCGUAAACGGAUGCUCAACAGUUAUUUACAAAGUCUAACGAGCAUUUCGAGGGAUACCAGGUACAUGGCGCUACUGUCGCCUGACUAUCUCGGGGGAUUUCUAAGUCCGGAAAAUCAAACUGAAAGGCAUGGGAAUACGAUUGACGCACUCCUAGUCAAUUCACUGAAAGCUGGUAUGAGGACUUUAAAAAGUAUGCCCGAUCAGUUCGCAAAUACGGUCGACGGAGUCAUGGACGGUAUAUCAAAAGUAUUCCAAGGUAAAAGUGGCGAAAAUCUAAAAAAUUUCAAAACUUGGAAUUCAUCGGACGUUCAGGACGACAACGACGAGAGUGUACCAUUGAGGCUGUUAGAGGAGGUGCUCGGCAUCAGAGGUUUGUGGCUGAGAAGAAGAUUACUGGCUCCGCUACGGACGAUGAUCGCUGAUAGAGUUAACAAAAAAGUUAUAGAGUUCGUCUCAUCUUUAACGUCACCUCGGAACGUGGUUCAAUAUUUGAAAACUUUUAAACAGUGGCUUACAACUAGAAACAAUCCGAGUGCUGUCUCCAGAGAUCAGGCUACAAAGGCGAGGACGAGGGUAGCUGCUAAAGUUGCAUUACUAUCAGCUGCUUCAGAUGACCUCCGUCAUAUAGUCGGUACAGACGCGGCCAGGAGAGGCCUGCUCACUGUGUUCGAUCUAUUUCAGACUCAAGAGAUUAACAAACGACUCCUUUUCGUUCUACUUGAAGUAACACUGACAAACCUGUUUCCGGACAACAACAUUCGGGAUAUGUUCAAGACGUUGUACUCAAACUCUCCUCGCGUUCCCUCUACCAAGAAAUCAAAAUUGAACGGGUUUGCUGACGCGGUGGCAGAUCUUUCCCCUGGAUCCCACAGCUAUUGUCGUGUAACUCAGUCCGGAUAA